UGUGCUAGUGUUACACUUUUCUUUCUUUCUUUCCGAAGUGGAUUGUGUGUGACUCUGACUCAUUGUUCUAAGUUUGUGCAAUCGUCCUGAAUUUAAUUAGUGAAUUGAAACGUGACUAACAAUAUAGAAAAAUAGGCUGAUUAACCGGCCUUUGUGUCCGAUGUCUAGUGCUGAGGUGGUGGACAAUUCCGUUGAUCCUCCUGCUAAGAAACGGAAGAUUGCUUCAGGAGACGGUACUCCAGCGAAAUCCGUUUCACAGGCUUCUGCAGACAUGGCGAAAAAUGGUUCGUCCCUUCCCAACGAGGAGAUUGACGAGGGAUUGUAUUCAAGACAACUUUACGUUUUGGGCCAUGAUGCUAUGCGUCAAAUGGCUUCAUCUGAUGUUCUAAUAUCUGGUUUGGGUGGACUAGGGGUUGAAGUUGCCAAAAACGUCAUUCUAGGUGGUGUUAAGUCUGUGACUUUACAUGACAAUUCAGUUUGCACCAUAGAUGACUUGUCCUCUCAGUUUUACCUUACUGAAUCAGACAUUGGUAAAAACCGUGCUGAAGCUUGCUUUGGACAGCUUUCAGAGUUGAAUAAUUAUGUUCCUACUAAAGCGUUUGCUGGACAGCUUUCCGAUGACAUCAUCAAGUCAUUUCGCGUUGUUGUUUUAACAGAUAGUUCCUUGGACGAACAAAAACGAAUAUCUGAAAUCACUCACGCUAAUAACAUUGCUUUAAUUGUUGCGAGCACCAAGGGACUUUUUGCUCAAGUCUUUUGUGAUUUUGGUGAGGGAUUUUGUGUAGUUGACACCACAGGAGAAAACCCGGUCUCGGCCAUGAUUGCAAGCGUUUCUAAAGACAUUGAUGGUGUUGUAACCUGCUUAGAUGAUACGAGACAUGGACUUGAAGAUGGCGACUACGUAACCUUCACUGAAAUUCAAGGUAUGGUAGAACUGAAUAAUUGUGAGCCUAAAAAAAUUAAAGUCCUUGGCCCUUACACAUUUAGCAUUGGGGACACAACCAAGUUUUCUGACUAUGUUAGAGGGGGAAUUGUAACUCAAGUCAAAAUGCCAAAAAAUGUUAGUUUCAAAUGUCUCUCUGACAGUUUGAAAGAACCUGAGUUUUUAAUAACAGAUUUCGGUAAGUUUGACCAUCCUGCUCAGCUUCAUUUAGCUUUCCAAGCUUUGGAUGCAUUUGAGAAAAACAAAGGCAGGAAACCCAAACCUUGGAGCAAGGAAGAUGCUGCAGAAUUUGUUAAUUUAGUAAGCGACAUCAAUAAAGCUGAAGGAAGUAAUGUAGAACUAAAUAAUGAUUUGCUGGGACUGUUUUGCAAGGUUUCAUCUGGUAAUCUGUGUGCUAUGAAUGCAACAAUUGGUGGUGUUGUUGCACAAGAAGUUAUGAAAGCAUGCAGUGGUAAAUUCUCCCCUAUUUACCAGUGGCUUUAUUUUGAUGCCAUUGAAUGUCUGCCAGAAAGUAAGGAUAUCCCUGAAACUGACUGUCAACCUUCUGGUAACCGCUAUGAUGGUCAGAUUGCUGUGUUUGGUAAGGAGUUUCAGAAGAGAUUGGGCUCCCUAAAAUAUUUUGUUGUUGGUGCUGGAGCAAUUGGAUGUGAAUUACUCAAGAAUUUUGCUAUGAUGGGUGUUGGAGCAGGUAAUGGACAAAUUAUAGUCACUGAUAUGGAUUUGAUUGAGAAGUCAAACUUAAACAGGCAGUUUCUCUUCCGUCCCCAUGAUGUCCAAAGACCAAAAUCUGCUACAGCUGCGAAAGCUAUUCGACAAAUGAACCCAUCAGUCAACGUUGUUGCACAUGAGAACAGGGUAGGACCGGAAACUGAGAAAACUUAUGAUGAUGAGUUUUUUGAUAGAUUAGAUGGUGUGGCUAAUGCUUUGGACAAUGUAGAGGCCCGUAUUUAUAUGGAUCGCAGAUGUGUCUAUUAUCGUAAGCCCCUAUUGGAAUCUGGUACUUUGGGAACAAAAGGAAAUACCCAGGUUGUUGUACCAUUUCUUACAGAGUCUUAUAGUUCUUCACAAGACCCACCAGAAAAAAGUAUCCCUAUUUGUACUUUGAAAAACUUCCCUAAUGCUAUUGAACACACAUUGCAAUGGGCAAGAGACAACUUUGAAGGUUUGUUUCGUCAGUCAGCUGAAAAUGCAGCUCUAUACCUGAAUGACCCCAAUUUCAUUGAUCGUACAUUAAAAUUGCCUGGUGUUCAACCCGUGGAAGUGCUUGAGUCUGUGAAACUGGCUCUAGUAGAUGAAAGACCACAAUCAUUUGAAGAUUGCGUGGAUUGGGCCCGAAAUCAUUGGCAAGAACAAUAUUCCAAUCAAAUCAAACAACUUCUCUUCAACUUUCCAAAAGACCAGCUCACUGCAAGCGGCCAACCAUUUUGGUCAGGUCCCAAGAGGUGUCCAAAACCACUUCAGUUUUCUGUAGAAGACCCACUUCAUUUGGAUUAUGUAUUUGCAGCUGCAAAUCUGAAAGCUCAUGUAUAUGGCAUCCCUCAAAACAGGGACAGAGAAGCUAUUUCCGAUAUGGUUAAGAAAGUAAAUGUGCCUGAAUUCAUCCCUAAAUCUGGCGUCAAGAUUGCUGUAAAUGAUUCUCAGAUGCAAAUGGCCAAUGGAAAUUCUAAUGUUGAUCAUGAUAAAAUAGGCCAACUACAAAGAGAACUACCAUCAAGAGAGCAGUUGCGUAGCUUGAAGAUCACUCCCCUUGAUUUUGAAAAGGACGAUGAUUCCAACUUUCACAUGGACUUUAUUGUUGCAGCUUCAAACUUGCGUGCUGAAAACUACAGUAUACCACAAGCUGAUCGUCAUACAAGCAAGCUUAUUGCUGGAAAGAUUAUUCCAGCUAUUGCGACAACAACAUCAGUUGUUGGUGGGCUAGUAGCACUUGAAUUAAUCAAACUAGCUCAAGGUUUCAAUAAGGUAGAGCCAUUUAAAAAUGGAUUUGUCAACUUAGCACUUCCAUUUUUUGGGUUUUCCGAACCCAUCGCAGCUCCAAAGCUCACCUAUUAUGACAAGGAAUGGACGAUUUGGGAUCGGUUUGAAGUUCAAGGAGAACUAACCCUAAAAGAGUUCAUAGAUUACUUCAAAGAAAAACACGGUCUGGAAAUUACAAUGUUGUCCCAAGGUGUUUGCAUGUUGUAUUCCUUCUUCAUGCCUCCAGCAAAGUUGCAGGAACGAAUGAACUUGCCAAUGUCAGAAGUAGUCCGUAAAGUAUCAAAAAAGAAACUGGAAUCCCAUGUGAAGGCGUUAGUGUUUGAACUGUGCUGCAACGAUACUGAUGGAAACGAUGUUGAAGUGCCGUAUGUACGAUAUACUUUGCCCUUUCGUGCCUAAUUUGGAGGCUAUUAGAUCUCUUUGUGGUUUGCAUUGUUUUAAACCGACUUGUUUGAGCUAAAUAAAUUUUUCUUCAUUUACCAUUUGCAUAAAGUACUGGCAAUACAGUAAACUAAUUGCAAUUUUUUAAGAAUCACUCACAAAUUUUUAAUAAAUGCAUUAUUUUGAUGUAUUUCUUGUUUCUAUUUUCUUUAGGUAUAAUUCAUUUUUUGUUAACUACAUAAAAUUUAAACAUAAAAUUGAAGUUGAGAGUAUCAGAUAAGCUAUUUUUAUCAGCAAUUAGACCUACUGUUUGGUUGAACAUUACCUAUUUUGAAAGGCAUACAUGUUAGCAAAUUCUUUUUCUGAUCAAAUGAACGUAACAUAUUGUAAUCCAAAUUGAUUUAGCCUAGUUCAUAUUUGCACAAUAAAACUUUAAAAAAUUGGCCUUACAUUAACAGUAAGUUAAAUAUGUGCCAGUUCAUAAAUAAUUUAUUUUUCAGGAAACUGUUCAACUAUAACUUUUACUCAGAUAUAAUUCUCUGUAAAAUAUUUUGAUGUUGAUCUAAUUUAGGCUAAGGUAUUUGUAGGCUAACUAAGUGUCCUUAAAUAAGUUUAAUCUGUAUUUCAUGAACUGUGGCAUACUCUCCUGUUAUUGAUAACAAUUUACUUAAAAUCUUUUUAUCUUAUUGCAGCGCCAGCACAUGAAAGCAAAGUUCUCAUUUUCUGGAAUCGGUUUAGUAUUUUUCUUAUUUUGAAAUAAGGAACCAAUUUUGUAAAUUAUGAGAGGGUGUUGCCAAAGUAAUUAUCAUUUAGUUUUCAGCUACAAAUAAUGUACAGUAGCCUUCAAAUCUUCGAAUUCAAUUUUUUCAUUGGGUUUUCAAUAAGUUUCCAUCUAAUUUAGGUAGGUUUAAAAUAUAUACCUCACUUGUAUUUUUUAUCAUCAAAAGAAAUACCUUUAUUCAAGGCACAGUAAUUAAAUUUAUUGCUUUGAAAAUAUUAUCUUUCAAAGGUUUCUGUCCAGGCCUAAAGAUUAUUACACUCCUUCAUGAUACUAAUUGGUUUUUAAAAUUAGGCCUACCUCCAAUUCAACCUAAAUGAAUGAUUUUAUGUUUAAGUAUAGUACCAUUCAAAGUUUAAUUUAUAGGCCUAAUGGAAAAACUCAUUGGUGAAAGUUUAAUUGUUUAAUGUAAGUAGUUGUAAGCAGUUGUAUCAUUUAUAUUUGGAAGUAGCUUGUGUAAAAUCUGGUAACCAUAUAGCCUACCUAUCUGAUUUGUUUGUGCAUUAGAACAUUAUUCUUUGAAAUUAUGUUAGAGAUGAUACAGGUUUUAAAAAAUAUCACAAUUUUACUCAAAUAUUAACUUAUAUUGGAGCACAUACUGGUACUGGUACUCUACCUAGAUAACAAAACAAUGUGGCCUAAAUUAGAAUAUCAACAAUCACAUCUUUAAAGUUUGACACUAUUUUGUUUAAGUAAUUACUUAAGGCUCAGAUUAUGUAGGGCCUACCUACAUGCAAUCAUUAAAACAAUAAUACUGAAAAUGGGUUUUAAGUGUUGCAAACCAAUUUGAGAUGGGCAUUUCUUACUGUAAAAAUUUUAAGAGAGAUAUUUUAUUUGUAAUAUAUGCUACUAUUGAUAUGUAAUAGGUAACAAAUAACAUGUGUUAUUUAUCGGCCCCGAGUCUUAAGCUUUUUAUGUUGGAUGUGGGCAUAUAAUUUAAAAUGAAGUUUUCAGCUCAAUAUUGGUUUUUAUUAUGAAUAUAUUUAUUAAAUAAAGGAAAUAGUAAUAAUAACUUUUUUUUUCAUUAGUUUAGUAACUUGUGUACCUAUAGCCUAACAAUAUUUGGAGUGUCAAUUUUGCAUUUUAAUGUACUUUCACAGAUAAUCAUUUAUUUUGUUGGUAGUGCAGAUGUUUUUCAUAAUUAUUAUGUAUUGUUAUUGUCUUUUUUACAAUGGUAAUAUUGAUUUGUAAAAGUUAUUAGAUUGAUAUUGUCACAGUAUAGAUUUAGGCCUUGCUGUCUAACUACUACUUAAAAUAUAAUCUGCCUAAAAUUUCAUUUUGAUUUUGUAAUGCCGGUAAUUUGAACAGAUUUAUGAUAUUAAAUUGUUUGUAUUUCA